AUGAACAGCGUUCAGAUUCCCGGAAUAUGUGACCCGGAAGCCGCCAUCGUUAAAAAAGAAGAAAAAGUAAGCAUGUGAAAGAACGGAAAGAUUCUAACCACCCAGAAAUGUAAAAAAUUAAAGAAAAGAUUCAAAUUGGCAUUGGAUUUUCGGGACGGAGCUAUCACUAUCGUCGAAUGUCUGCGUAACCAAUCUCCCGACGGAGAAUUAUACCGAGAGAUUCAGGAUUUGUCAGGUGCACAGAAGAUUGGAAAAAAAAGACGAUCACUCCAAAAUUCAAUUUGCAGAAGAUGAAGUGAACAUUCUGGGUACGGAAAUCGCAGAUAGCGCGUUCGAUGAAAAUCUGGACAUUCGUGAGUUUUCACAUAUUCCAGAGCACGGGAACAAACUGAUUGUAGAUUGCGACAAAUGCAACAAAUUCUAUCGUCCCUACUGCCGCCUCCAUCCGCUCUUCAAAAUUCCGGAUCGAUCAGUGAAAGAGGAAGACAAGUUAAAUAACAAAUCGUUCUCAGAGAACACCCUCCCGAUUCUGUUCCGCAUUGAGGAAUCGAAGCUUCCGAACGCCGGAAUGGGCGUCAUUGCGACCACAUUUAUUCCUAUCGGAAUGGUAUUCGGACCGUAUAAAGGAGUUCGGGUGCAGAAGAAAAGCGAGUUUUAUAAAGACGGUUAUGCGUGGCUCAUUAAGUGCCGCGAGAAGAAGUUUUACAUUGACGGAUCGCACCCCGAACGGUCUAACUGGCUCAGAUUCAUUAACAGUCCACGGCGUCAGUUGUCCCUCAAAUUCCAUCAAUAAGUCAAUCGGUUCCUACAGACGAAGAUGAGCAGAAUAUGGUAGCCUUCCAAACGAACGGAAAGAUCUUCUAUCGAGUGAUCAAGCCGAUCAGAAUCAACGAAGAGUUGCUAGGUAGGUUGUGAAAAGUGUGUUAGAACGCGAACUGCUCUCAUUUCAGUCUGGUACGGAAAUUCGUAUGGCGGAGAGUUCGUCGCGUCGGAAGACGGCGGAAAACCGAAGAAGUCGAGCAAGAAUCCGUUCAUUUGGUGAUUUUUUGUAAUUUCCAAUAUUUCUCACUUGUUUUUUGGCCGCCCAGAAUUUGGGGUAGGUAUUGUUCAUGCCAUCUUCUGUGAAUAGUGACCGUUUCAUUUUGUAGAUGUAUACUUUUAUCUGACCUGAACUUCUGACAUUAUAACUCUUCGUAAAAAUCAUGGUUUUUUCAGUACGACGCGUGUGCGGGUCCGACGAUAA